AUGUUCUCCUUCAGGAUGAGGUCCACGUGGUGUCGAGUCAGAACUUUGCUGGCCGCGGCUCCUCACCGCCACCUCCACGUCGGCCAGCGAGCCUCCCUCACCAAAGUCUUCUCCGCCCGCCACAUGGAGCUUUUUGCCGAGCUGACGGGGGACACCAACCCCCUCCACCUGGACCCGGCCUACGCCGCCACCACCUCCUUCGAGGCGCCCAUCGUCCACGGCGUCCUCAUCAACGGGCUGAUCUCGGCCGUGCUGGGCACCAAAAUGCCGGGCCGCGGUUGCGUCUUCCUCUACCAAGAGAUCCGAUUCCCGGCGCCGCUCUACAUCGGCGAGGAGGUGCUGGCCGAAGCCGAAGUCCGUAAGAUCAAGAUGUCUUUUGCCUUCAUUGCCGUUUCGUGUUCGGUCCAAGACAAGGUGGUGAUGGAGGGCGAAGUAAUGGUGAUGAUGCCUGAGGAGCAGCAGAAGGACGGCUGAAGGAAGAGAGGCAGGUUAGAAGUUAUCAGGUAUUUAUGACAACAGGAAGGCUUCAUGUCAGCUGUAAUGGUGUUACUCAUUUAUUCUUCAUUAUUGAUGCUACACCUAAAUCUCAACAUUAGUUUUCACAUGAUAGCAAAGUUUUUCUGUGGAGUUUGCUUGUGUGACAUUAAAAACUAGGGCUUUGAAUAUUUGGGCACCGCACGAUUCCAUUCAGAAUUCCAUCCAUCCAUUCAAAAUCUAUACUUUUUUAAUAAAAUUGGGUGCCAGUUCUA